GCUGUCUGCAGUGCACGUGGUGCGUGUCCUGUUGUGCACUGCGCAAGCCUGUGCAACUUGUUCAUAUCAGUGAGUAUAGUUCGUUAGCAUUGUGGGGUGAAUUCAUUACUAAUUAGUAAAAGUAGACAGCAAAAUGAGCGCACAGUAUGAGCAAAGCACCAGUCUCCCUAUUCCUACUAAAGUGUGUUAUUUGAAGGAUCUCUCGCAGCUUCCCGACUGUUACAGCUCCACUCCAGGCGGGACGCUUUUUUCUACCACACCAGGCGGAACAAGAAUUAUCUAUGAUCGCAAAUUUUUACUGGAUUGCAGAAAUUCACCUAUUGCAAGGACACCUCCUUGUUACCUUCCAAAUAUUCCAGGAGUUACAUCAUCACAACACUCCCAAAUGGCCAAACUUGAAGAUCUAAAGGAACAAGAUGAGACAGACGAUAAAGAUAUUCCAGAUGAAGCCCAGUUUGAAAUGGAUAUCUGAACUACUUGAUAUAAAUCGGUCUGAAGAUGCCUUCUCAUGUUUUGAGUUACACAUUUUCAUGAUUGCAAUCUGAGUGAAGAUGCAAGGGAGUGGCGUGCCAAAUGAAUGUACUUUUUCGGUUAUUUUAGUUCUUUUGUUUGAUGAAUACAUGUUUAAUGGAUAUUUCUUUUUAUUAAUAUAUUGCCUUUUAAUUAUGUUUUUGAAGAGCCAGGCACGCAAGAUGGAGGUUCAUAAUGUUUCUAAUAAGGUGCUGAAACAUUGCAGAAAUGAUGUAGUAUUACUGCUAUGUAAACAAACAGCAUGAGAUUAUGACACUCAAGUAAAAUAUUAAACAUUUUUGAGUA